UGUUUAAUCCAACACAAAACCAAUUACAAACAUGCAUAUUGUUUGCGUUAAAAAUGAGCUACGCAAACUAAAUCAUUGAUGAUCAAUAUAUUAUAUAUUGAUUACACUUUGACUUCUGAUUUUGUAUUCUAAACUUACAUGAUUGUAGAGAAUUGAGUACCGUGAAAACAUUUCUCCAUCAAUUUAUAUCUCAUAUUAUCCACAUUGUGUUUUUCUAGAGUGUAGUUUAUAAAUAUAUCUACGCAAUUAUCAGUAUAACUUUGGAUCAUUCUUACAAGUGAGGUUUUUAUAUGUAUAUAUUCCCUGACAAAAUGAAAAAGAAAAAACUCACAACUUCAACUAAAUGAGUUAUCGGUGCCGGAUAAACCAUGCUGCAUCUUCUCCGAGAAAACAAAUUAGCUAAGAGAGACCUACCGGACAAUUAAUAAUUUAAGGUUUAAUACGGCAUGGAUUAACAAAUUUAAUUAUUUUCUUGUUCUUUGAGUGUUGUUGAUGUUGCGAUAAUGAUUCCAUUAAUCGUGCAUUGGUGUGGCUAUAUCUUUAUUCUUCAGUUUCUCUUGUGUGGCCAAUCUAAACUCUCUCUCAUUAUUUUACUAAUCUCUAACCAGCUUAUACAUAUAUAUGAAUGGAUGGUUAUAUAGAAAAAGAUUAUAUUAUAAUGUGUCGUGAAGGAACAAAGCUGGUUUCAUCUUUCAUUGUCGACCCCACAAGUUGACUGAUCGUGUUCAUCAUCAUGCAUGGCUUCAUUUCAUUUAUUUUAUUACGACUUGUUCACGACACAAAUGAUUGUAACAGUUUAAGAAUCUCUUGAUUUCUCUUCAUCAUCACCAAAUCUUCCUCAACUGAAAUAUUCUCUUCAUCAUCAAGUGCAUCUCCAACCUAUAUAUAUAGUUGCACAAGAACAAGAACUAUCAUAGCAACAAACAAACAAAAACACAAGAAAAAAACAAGGAGAAAGACAAGAGUUGAAGGUUAGAGCGAUGGAUGUUUUUGUUGAUGGUGAAUUGGAGUCUCUCUUAGGUAUGUUCAACUUUGAUCAAUGUUCAUCAUCUAAGGAGGAGAGACCACGAGAUGAGAUGCUUGGCCUCGCUAGCCUUUACAAUGAUCAUCUUCAUCAUCAGAACAAUCUCCCGCCUUCUGAUCAUCAUGCUCUCCUAAAUCCUGAUAUGUUCCCAUUUAGUGCAAUGAUGAUGGGAGGGAACCUUCCGACCAUGCUUGAUUCUUGGGAUCAAAACCAACUCCAAGAAACGGCAACGCUCAAGAGGAAACAACUUAACGUAGAUAAUCUACACAAUUCUAACUGUGACAUCACAAGACAAGAGCUUGUCAAAGCCAAGAAAAAGCAGAGGGUAAGCCAGGAAAGCAAUACAGUCGACGAAAGCAACAGCUCAGAUGAUGAGAAGGCUUCGGUCACAAGUGUUAAAGGCAAAACAAGAGCCACCAAAGGGACAGCCACUGAUCCUCAAAGCCUUUAUGCUCGGAAACGUAGAGAGAAGAUUAACGAAAGGCUCAAGACAUUACAAAACCUUGUACCAAACGGGACAAAAGUCGAUAUAAGCACUAUGCUUGAAGAAGCUGUCCACUACGUAAAGUUCCUGCAGCUUCAAAUCAAGUUGUUGAGCUCGGAUGAUCUAUGGAUGUACGCACCGUUGGCUUACAAUGGACUCGACAUGGGAUUCCAUCACAACCUUUUGUCUCGGCUUAUGUGAAGGACUUACACAAAGUUACAAUCUAAUUGUAAAGAAACCGAUUUAGAACAUAUGAAUCCCUUUAAUUUGGCCCUACCCUAGUGGUCUAAUUACAUUCUGAGAUUUUUUUUGUUAUUAAUUUAUAACUUCUUUCUGUCUUUUUCUUCAUUAUGGUUCUAAGAACUUUUGGUACUUUAUUCUAAUGUAAUUAUUUCAUUACAAUAUGAAAAAGUCAACUGGACUAAUAAAAUAACUGUCUUUUGUCUUUUUCUAAUAACAGUCUUUAUAUAAAUUUGAAAGUUAAUAGGGUGAUAAUAUGAUUGAAGUAUUCAGCCGACAAAACCCUUUGCACCGAGGUAAAUUUAAUUAUUUUUUGCAAAGGAUGCCAAACGAGCUAAAGUCUUUUGAUACAAAAAUCAAAUAAUAUCAGUCUUCAUUUCCACAUAGUACUAUGAAUAAUCGUUCUUUGAGUUUUAGAGAAAAAAAAGAUUGAUGAACAAAUCCACAGAUGCUUUAGACGUGAAGAGGAACUAGUACUAACUCAAACCCCCCAAGUACUGGUACUUGCCUGUAGGAUCAUAAUACAAAAAUAUCAUUAACCUCAAAGCAACAUCUUUCCCCUGUGUUUUUAGCAGUGGCGGAUGUACAGCUAACAAGGGUGGGGCAUCUGCCCCCUAUGGAUUUAAAAAAAAAAGGUUUUUCUAUACUAUUUUUAACAAAUUUUGGAGAAACUGGAUAAAUUUGCCCUCCAUAAAAUCUCAAACCUAGGGUUAAGUGUGCUUCCUUUUUCUAUGGAGAAUUUGGAAAAUCCUUAAAUGCGUAUAUGAAAUUUUUUAGUGAAGUAUAUACCAAACAUAAUUAACAAGUUUAUUGUACAUAUAUA